UCCUCUUCUCUCUCUCUCUCUCCCCCCCUCUCUCUCCCUCUCUCUCUGGAUGCUUCUCGGGAACCAUCAUGGCCGUGAAUCUGGGGAAGAACAGACUGACUCUGCUCACCGCCUACCAGGACGUCAUCGACGAAACCACCGACACCGACUGGGCCUUGUUCACGUACGAGGACGACAGUGAUGAUUUGACUCUGGCAGCAUCAGGAGGCGGUGGACUGGCACAGAUCACGUUGACCUUUGACAUCAGCAGAGUGAUGUACGGCUUCUGCAGCCUGAAGGAAGCGACUGCUGCUCUGCCACGAUACAUCCUCAUCAACUGGGUGGGGGAUGAUGUCCCAGAUGCCAGGAAGUGCGCCUGUGCCAGUCACGUCGCCACCAUCGCAGACUUCUUCCAGGGCGUCGAGGUCAUUGUCAAUGCCAGCAGUCUGGACGACAUCGAACCCUCGGCCAUCGGUCAGCGACUGACCAACGGGACGGCAGUGGUGGCCAGUCCUGUUCUGAGCCGCCUGAGAACCAAAGAGGAGGAGCUUAGAGACGUGGGAACAGUUUACGAGAAGACGAACGCUGAGGUGGAGAUGAAGAAGAUCAACAGAGAGGAAUUCUGGGAGCAGGCUAAGCGUGAGGAGGAGCUGAGGAAGGAGGAGGAGCGAAGGAAAAUGGCAGAGGAGCGACAGCGUUACGAGGAGGAGCGAAUGGAGCUGGAGAGGAAGGAGCAGGAGAACAGAGAGAAGAUGUACAAGGAGAAGGAGCUUCAGAUCCAGGAGCACAGGAAGAAGAUGCAGGAAGAGGAGGAGUCCAGAGAGAGGUUGAGGAACCAGACGACUUUAGCUGCAGAGCCGAGCGUUGAAGACCUGAACCUGGACAAGAAGGAGUCAGAGGUGGAGGAGGCGAAGGCUAUCAUUGCUCAGCGUCAGGCUAAUCCUCGAGAGUUCUUCAAACAGAAGGAGCGAGCGAUGACCUUCAGUGUGGACACGUCCCCUGUCUCUGUCCACAGGACCGGUCGCCUGGACAGCCCGUUCUUGAAGCAGCAGCAGCACAGUCCCAGCAGCUCAAAAGCCCCGCCCCUCGCUGCAGCCGGUGAUGAUGAUGAUGGUGAUGAUGAAGCGAGCACAGAGCACAACAUGUCUGCCGUGUCGCCCAUUCCCAAAAUCGUCACCACAGCCAUUAAAGAGGACGUGGGCGGGGAAGAGGACGCCACAGACGUGGGCGGUGAGACCCAACCAACCAGUCAUCAGGAUGCCUAUCUGGAGCACCAACCUCCGGUUCAGGAGUCUGCAGCCUCUAAACCCGUGCAGAGUGUCGCUCCUCAGGCCCGAGACUCCUCCGACUUCUCUGUGUGGGAGUCUGGGACAGACAGUCUUGUCAACCUGUGGGACAGCAGCACGGCUCCACCCACCCCCCCCCGAAACUCCUCCCACUCCACCAAUCUGGUGGACCUGAUGGGCGACGAUGUCCUGACCAGCGCCGCCAGCAGUCGACCUCAGCCUCUCCUCAGUUUCGACGAGAUGAUGAUCGCCGCUGAGGACGAACCGUCCAGUCUGGUGGACGUGACUGGUUCUGACCAGAUGACUCUCAGCUACCAGCAUGCUUUGCAGCACGCAUCAGGGGCAGAGCCAGAGCAAGAUGAUGGACAGCUACUGAUGACCAAUGGAGAGACACUGCUGAAAGAAGGAACACAGGUGAGUGAAGGAUACUUCAGCCAAUCACAGGAGGAAGAAUUCGGCCAAUCAGAGGAUUCUUCAGCCAAACCAGUGCCGGUCUUUUAUAACAAGCCUCCAGAGAUCGACAUCACGUGCUGGGACGCAGAUCCUGUGGCUGACGAUGAUGACGAGUAACUGACCGAUGUGUUGGACCAAGAGGAAGAAGUACGUGCGCUUUAUGAAGAAACCUUUUUUUUCUAAAAAACAGAAAACAAAGUACUACUACUAAUAAUAAUAAUAGUCAUAAUAACCAGUCUUCUGUAUUAUCUUUUAGAGGAAAAAACAAACAGUAGCCACUUUGUGUUUGUAAUUGUAUUUAUUUUGUUUCUUUUUUGCUGUGCAGAUGUAAUUGCUGGAGCAAAGACUUUUUUUUAAUUGUGUACAUGAUUUAAUCCACGUUACCGUAGCGACUGCUGCAUAUUAGAGACGAUGACGCCCGGUGGUUCGGCGGGUGAGUGGGCGACGCACCUCGUCUGUAGUGCUUUAAAAAUAAUAACCUCCUGUUUUCACCUCCUCUUCUCCUCCACACUCGUCUACGUCAGCGAGGAAACGUUGAUUUCUUCUGAGUCACACUGUGGCUCCUUUUCACCUUUUUCACUCCUUUUGUAUGAUUUUACGACUGAAUUCAAGAUUAAAUGGCUUCUAAAUUCA